GUAUCGUCGUGUCAUAGGUCACGCCGAUGAGAUACCAUUUCGCAUCUCGCGAUGUGCAGUCAGCGGCAUGUUCUUCGGCGAAACACCAACUUUUCUCUCGUACCAUCUCGACUUCGCGUUCUGCCACGUUAUAUAAUCCCAUCGUGAUCAAACUCUUCAGUCGCUGGCCACCCCUACGCAACGUCCCUACGUUCUGAGCGACGAUUUUACAAAUGGCGCGGCCAAACGUGAAAAAGCGGCACUCAGAUUUGCCGCAAUUCGAAUUUGUCAUCAGGAUUACAAAUCUUCCCAUCGUGGAGAACAGUAUACAUAUUGCUAGUAACGUGUAUGAUAUGAUAAAGCGUUCAAACUCUUUAAUGAGUUGGAGUUUGGACACUGCUGAACAGUCAUUAGCGAUCGCUACAGCAUCCGCGAAACCAGCGAUUUAUGCGUUAAAUGGCCCCAUCACGACAAUCGAUCAGCUCCUCUGCAAAGGCAUCGACAUCGUUGAGCAAAGAGUGCCGUCUGUUCAUCUACCUCCUCAUCUUAUGUACAGCAACGCGAAAGAAUACGUGAACAAUAAAAUCUUUAAGCCUGUCCUGAUGCGAGCCGGAAGUGUAAAACAGAUAGGAAGUCAGGCAGCGAACGCCGCGGCUGAUAGAUUAAACGAUGCUUUGAUCGCUGCUGACAAAUAUGUUGAUCAUUAUUUGCCUGCUGAUCCCGCCGAUAAAGUAGACGAUGGUAACCCCGCAGAACCUGUAAGCAAGACUACUCGAACUAUUAAGCAUGGUGCCAGAUUCUCGAGAAAACUACAGAAGAGACUGACGCGUCGUACAUUAGCAGAAGCUCGUGCCUUGAAGGAGCAGGGUACAGAAUGCAUUCAUGUACUUUUAUACGUUGUGGAACUGUUAGCAACAGAUCCGAAAUUAGCAUAUCAGAAAGCAAAGGAGCUAUGGGCAACAUUAAGUUUACCGGAGCCGGAGAAUCAAGCUCGUCCAGCCACGUUGGAACAAUUGUUGGUUCUGUUGACACGUGAAUCUGCGCGCCGCAUUGUUCAUCUUGUAAAUGGCACUGCAACAUUAGCUAAAAGAACACCGCGUGACCUCGGCCGAGUUCUCGUUCGAGUGUCCCAUCAAUUGCUCGCAGUCGCAAACGCUUCAUUACAGAUGAUACCAGUGAUCGGUAAGAAGGAUGCUGUGAAAGCACGAAUGUCCACGAUACGCGCGAUCAUUCAGAGACUUAGUUCGACUACAAAUCAUUUAUUGGAGCAACUUGCAGCUUUCCUAGCCGGUCGACCGAGCGUUCCUAAAGUCACACACGUCCAGAGUCAUCAACAAAACCACAAUAACCACAUGUCGCUGACUUCUAAUCCACCGGUGAAUGUGGAAAGCGCGCUUUCUAAAUCUGCCGAGCAGUAUUCUCGGGUGAAAGACUGCCAUCAGCUGGUGCACUGGGUUUUAACCACGGCUGAAGCUUCUUUAAGCACCGCGACGAAACAAGCUGUACCCAUCGCCGUGCCCAUCGCCAAGAAACUCGAGAACCCUAUACACUUCGUCGACCACACGUUGUGCCUCGGUCUUGACAAAAUCGAAGAAAAAGUACCAAUGGUCAAAGAGAAACCCGAGCAGAUAUUGGAGAACGCGUACAUGCUGGCUCUUCAAACUGUUCAGCCAGCUGUUUGGAGCAUUUCGCACGUUAACGAUUUAAUAACGGCGCAGGCCGUCAAUUUGAGGGAUAUCAGCUGGAACAAGGCGAAUCAGAUCUUAGGAACGUAUUAUGGUAGCGCAGCUGUCAAGGGUUUGGAUAACACAGCUGUUGUUGUCGAUAAGUUGAUCGAUAAAUAUUUUCCUGCGACGACUGAGAAUGAACAUUCGAUAGGAAAAAUGGCGGAGACCAAAGAAACAAGUAGCAUCACAGUCGAAGGCGCGCCGCAUCUCGAAGUGUUUGAUCGCGUGAAAAAUAUUCCCGUUAUUCACUCAGCGAUCGAGAAAACAGGAUCCACGUACUCCUACUUGAAAGAUUCGCAUCAUUUAAUUAACUGGGCCCUUACUCAAGCCGAAGCCGGACUUCAUUAUGCUACCGCCACAGCUGCGCCUCUCACCGCGCCGUUGGCUAAGAAAUUCGAGGACCAAAUCACAGCAGUAGAUCAAAAAUUGUGCGAAGGCUUAGAUAUCGUUGAACAGAAAGUGCCUAUUAUGAAGCAGCCUCCUCAGCAGAUUUAUGACGCAGCGAAAGCGGUAAUGAGCAGUUCAUUACAACCGACAAUUGACAAACUCCACGCCGCGAAAGAAACCGCGACACAACAAGCCUCGACACUCAAGGAAGUUAGUAUAGCAAAAGCCAAUGAAUUGUUGAACACGCAAUAUGGCACUAUGGCCGUACAAGGUGUGGAUAACACAAGUGUUCUCAUUAAUGGUUUGUUAGACCGCUACUUCCCACCGGUUGAAGGAGAAGAAGAAGAUUCACCAGUGCCUGUAUCUGCUGACGAGAACAAAGUUUUGCACGCUGUACAGACGAUCGGCCAAUUAUCGGCGAAAACAGCAAAUCGAGUGUAUCAUUCGGUUGCAGCACAACUGAAGACUGUAAAGAAGGAGGAUGUGCAAUCAUAUAUGUCCAGCGUUAUAUCCAUCCUUCACUUGACGCAUUUCUUAAGUUUAAGCGACAAACAAAUCGCCAGUAAAGAAGAGGAAAGUCCAGUUUGCCAAAAACCGGGGAAAAUCUAAUAUAGGAACAAUAAUCAGUUACUAUUUUUAUACGAACUUCAUAGAAACCAUGUAAUCUAUUGCAACACAUAUCAAUAUAUAGAUGUGAAUAAUCUUUUUAUAUGUUAUAUACAGU